AUAAUCUGUGACGCCAUUGUUGUGGCGACUGCGAGUAUUGUUUUUGUUACGAAGUAAAUACGCUUUUUAAAAUUUAAAAAGGGACAAUCAUCAUAAACAGAAUAAGUAAUAGAUAGAAGAAAGUUUCUGAAAGUGUGUCGUUUGCAGUGAUGUAAAUUUGGAAAUAGUUGUGGGUUAGUAAAUUGUCCAGACACCCCGGAUUGAUUUGAUGAAAGUGGUUUGCAGUUAAAUAAACUAAAUAACAAUGAAUUACUGGAAAUUUUGGACGUUGCGACUAAAAGAGUUACAAUCAGUGUUAAGUUAGUGGGUUAGUCAUGAAUGACUACUCAAGAUCGUCUUUAAGUAAUUUGUCAAUUGUGGUUAGAAAGUUAGUUAUGCAGAAGUUAUGUUUUUCGACUGGGGCAUUUGAUGGUGGUUACUUGCGAUGGGGGACUAUGCUUUGUACAAGGCUUUACAGUCAUUCACACCCCCUUCAAGUGAUACAACUAGCCUAGAAUUUCAGAAGGAUGAUGUGUUUGAGAUUUCAGUCCAGAGUCCUUUUUCCACUAGCGAAUUUCAAAAACCCGGAUGGUUAUAUGCUUAUAAUAGACGGACAGGAUCAGAAGGAUAUGUUCCUGUGGAAUGUGUAAAAUUGCUUGGGUCUGAAGUGAAUAAUACUGUGCACCAUCCAUCUGCCUUAGGAGUCGCAAUUUCCGAAACAGAUUGUAAAGGGAAGACUGAAACCACCCACGACAUCACUCGAGUCUACUUUGUAAAACCAAUUUUAUGUACACAUUGUAAAGACUACAUUUGGGGACAGGGUCCAGUCGGCGUAAAAUGCAAGGAUUGCUUCGGCUGUUUCCACGACAUGUGCGCGAGGUUCGCCGCCAAACACCAAUGUCUUAAGAACGAGGAAGUGGCGACGACGACGACGGCCCUUGAGCACGACAAGCCUAUAUCCGAAUGGACGUCAGCGCAAGUAUUGGAAUGGAUGGCGGCGACCAACCUCUACCUCUGCUCGGACAUCUUCCGAUACAAAGACAUCAACGGCUCAGAUUUGGUCCAUCUGGACAAAGAAAAAUUAAUUAAUAUGGGCAUCAAGGACGAAUUCCACCAAAUGGCGAUACUGUCGUGCAUCGACGAGCUUUUAGGGAAGCAAGAGAACAAAAUGAUGACCAACGACCAAGAUUCGGACAUAGCGCACACGCAUAACUUGACGCAGCAUAGUUUCAGUAAUUUAGAACGUUGUGGGAAAUGCAACAAAUUCUUGCGAGGGCUGCUCCACCAGGGUUUCGUUUGUCAGGAUUGCGGUUUGGUCGCUCAUCGGUCAUGUGCCGCUACCGGUCUGCCUCCAUGUAUGUCCGCCUUCGGUAGGGGGCUAUGUCUUCAGUUUUUUCCCGGAGACAUACAGGAAGCGCCUGCUUUUCUCAUGAAGUUCGUCACCGAAUUGGAAAUGAAAGCCGAGAACGAUGAAACUUUAGAAUUGUAUAAUCUGUACAGCGCCACACCUCCACCUGAUCAAAUGGCGAAAUUGCUCGAGAAAAUUAACGAUGGUUCAACUAAUUUAGAUUUAAACGAUUUUAAUGCCGUUUGUAUAGCCGGAAUUAUCAAAAAGUUUCUUAGGGAGUUACCUGAUCCUCUUGUACCUGUUCAGUGGUACGAUGCGUUUUUAACAGCGUCAAAAGCUAAAACUGACGAAGCUUGCGCGACUCAAUUGACACGUUUAGUCGAAGAAUUGCCUGAAAAUCAUCGUUCCACGUUAAAAUAUGUAAUGGCUCAUUUGUGUCGUAUGUGCCAGAUGGAAUACUCCAGGGGCAAUCACAGUCCCCCUACCGUUCUAAUUCAGGCAUUAUGCCACAUUUUUCUGAGACCACCUUGGGAACGUAUUAUUCAAGUGGUCUACAAUACUCAAUCUCAUAAUAGGAUUUUAGAAGUACUACUCUUAAAAUGUAACUGGGGCGUUAAGUUGCCUGAAUUUGCUUCAGCUCCGGCUAUACCACCACGAAGGGUGGUGGGAACGAUGCGUAUGGGAAGUAAUAUUUCAACAAACAGUACAAUAGAUAAGGAAAAAUCAAACGCUUUUUCGCUCCAAGACGCAGAAUGGUACUGGGGUGAUAUAAAACGGGAAGAAGUCAACGAGAAACUGAAAGAGACUCCCGACGGUACAUUUUUGGUGCGCGACGCGUCAACUAAAAGUGGCGAGUAUACAUUGACCCUUCGUAAGGGUGGUACAAAUAAAUUAAUUAAAAUUUGCCAUAAAAACGGAAAAUAUGGUUUCACCGAACCGUACACUUUCAAUUCAGUCGUGGAAUUGAUAAAUCAUUUUCGAAACGAAUCUUUAUCACAAUAUAACGCCUCUUUAGACAUAAAGUUGUUGUAUCCGGUGUCUAUGUUUAACCAUGAAGAGGAAGCGGCGAAAACGGAAGACGUGGAGAAGCUUUGGGAUCAUUUACGCGACAUUAAGAAUACUCUCAUGAACAAAAACAAGGUUUUGGACAGUCUGACUGAAGACUUGAAUAAGACGAGUCAGGAGGUUUCGACUAAAAGACAGGCUUUAGAAGCUUUAAAAGAGUUGGUUAAAGUGUUCCAAGAGCAGAUCGCAACUCACGCACAAGUAAGGAAAGAAGCCCAACCACACGAAAUAGUGGGUUUAACCGUCAACGAGAAAUUAUUAACGCAACGACUGAAAAUGAUGCAGGAGAGUUCCGAGCAUUUAGAUAAGACUUUAGAGGAAAAGGAGGCCUAUAACCGAACGCUUGAACGCGAACUGACUGCUUUAAAACCGGUUGUGCAUAGUUUACGGAAAGAAAGAGACAAAUAUAUUAGGUGGCUUCAGGAACGUGGUGUUAGUCCAACGAAGAUCAAUCAAGUUCUGAACCGAAACAGCGAAGAUGAGGAGUAUAAUACCCAAUCGGGCGAAGAAUGCGAUGUCGAUUCUUUGAUACAUAACGAUGAACGCACUUGGCUGAUGUUAGACUGUCGACGCAUAGACGCCGAGAAGUAUUUGGCCGGCCAGCCGGACGGAACUUUUUUGAUCCGUACAUCGAGUACUUCGAAAUAUGCUCUGUCCAUUGCUUGCAACAAGAUGGUCAACCACUGUAUUAUUAAUGAUACGAAGAGGGGGUUUGGGUUUGCCGAACCGUACAAUAUUUAUCCAACUCUGAAAGAUCUGGUUUUGCACUAUGCGACGAAUUCCUUGGAGAUACACAACGAUUCUUUGAAUACUGUGUUGGCGCAUCCGUUUUUAGCAUGGAAGUACAGUAACCAAGAUCGUUACAUUGGAGGAUCAAGCACCACGUACAACUGUUAAUUUGAGAGUGAUGUGAUAAUUCAAAGUUGCUGUGACUUUUAUAUUCCCAUAAUCUUAAAUUUUACGAUGGUGAUAAUUUCCAAAAAACUAUAACAAAUUUAUAUAAAAUAAUGUAUCAUAUAGAUAUAUUUACAUAUACAGUGACAGUUUUACAAUUGAAGUCGUUUUUUGCUUAAUCACCAGGUUAAAUUGACUGUGAUAGUGUACUAAAGAAGAAGCUCUUAGAUUUAUAUAACAACCUAAGCACAUAAGUGUGUGUGAUGUGCGGUGUAUCAAUAUGGCCUGGUUUAUUUUUGAAAAUUCAACAUUAUCUAGGCCUUUUAUGUUUAUCUUGACAUUUGAAUUUGUAUAUAAAGAAAUUUCAAGCAGUAGCGUAGUCACGGGAUAUGGAGCCUGCAGCUGUAUGCGACUCUAGUCAAUCUUUUUAAUCUGCCUCUGUUUAUUCUCGAUCAUUUUAAAAAUGCAGUGGUGCCAUCUUAUGCGUGGAAGCUUUAUUAUUUUGGUACUAUUUUUGUCUAAGAUGAGCCACUGUUCUACGCUGCUGCCAAAAUAGCUGUUAGCCGAUAUUCACUUUGCGCCAACGACAUGCCAACAUUUGCGGUUCAUUUAAUAUUCACACGGAUAUUUUUGCCUGACUUGUUUUUUUUUUAAUCCGUUUCAUAUAUACGCAUUGCGUGUUGACAAGUUGUUGGGGUGUUAAUUCGCCUGUCAGUAUAUCUACUUACCUUUAUUUGCCAAUUAUUGCAGUUGCAAGAAGAAAGCAUUCUAGAUAAUAAUAAUAUGUGAUCUUCAUUUAGGUAAACUUUUUUAAGAUUGUGCAAUGUCUUCAAAGUGUAUUUAACUAUUACUUUAUAACACUUGUAGUAUUUAUUUAAAAGUAGGAUAUUUUUAUUUUGAAGAGUACAAAUGUUUUUUACAUUUGUUUUUAAAAACUGAAGAAUUUUAUACCGUAGUAUGAAAUCUCAUAUAUCUAGAAUGGUUUUUCAUAUUAUUUUCACUUUUUUACUGUCGUUAUUACUUGUAAUUUUAUUGUUUAUCUUUUAAAAUUCAUUUUCUUACAUUUUUCAUUUUAUUGUCACGUGAUUAUUGAAAAGAAAGAAGAGUAUUAAAACUUGUUAUAUCUAGAUUUUUUAUUGUUGUUUUUAAUUUCUUCAAAUUUGGAGAGGUACAAAAUAUAAUUUAUACGAACUAAUCUUUAUUUUUAUUUUAAAAUCUGCAGUUUUUGUGUAGGUUUUUUUAUUAUCGACAACUUUUAUUUUAUAGUUUGUCAUUUGAUUGCUUUAGAGUUUGAAGAAUUUACUGUGUGCUUUAUUCAAACUUUUCAAUAUCUUCAACAUUAUUAUAUGUCAGACUGAGUCUGGAAGUCUGGUGCAGUAACGUAGUUAUAUAAAAGAUAGUGAUGUUUUUCAUUUUCUAUUGUGAUUAAUGGAGACAUAAUGGGUAUUCAAAUUUAAACAAUGUUCUGUAAAAAUUUGAUGAUACAUGUCAACAGUUUUUUGAUUCUUGUUUGUAUAUUUUCUUUUAGUUCUUACAAGAGUCCAAAUACACGUUUUUAUUGCUUUUAAUGUAUGUAAAAUUUCAUGUACAAUUAAUAAAUUAAUAUUAGACUAUAAAUAUUUGACAAUGUUAAAGAUUUAUUAACGUUUUUGAAUAUAAUAUUUUUUAAAUUUGUAAAAAACGAAAUGUUUCAGUAUACUGUUGAAUGUCAUCUCAAAUAAAUAAUAAAAGGUUUCC